CCGUUAUGGAACUUCCUACUUUCGCUUUUGCGUAUCUUUUACUUUCGUUUUUACCGACUUCAGUUAUUUGAUUAUUUGAUUUAAAUACCGACGGUAUUCAGAAAUCAUUAAAGAAAGAGGUCCACGAUACUCAUGGAGUUUUGACGAUCAUCAUGUAAACUAAGUAAACAGCAAUAUGGCCACUGGAGAAAACGGAAUACCUAGAAUCCCGGACAAAAACAAUCCCCGAACAGAACAGUAUGUGCAUCAAAACGAACAAUCUAGGAUGGAUCAGACGAAUUCACUGAAAAAUGAAGAUGUGAAAUAUCCACCAAAUAUACCUGCAGGGCAGUUUUCAAAGUCUUCCAAAACUCCCUUAUCUUCAACUGGAUAUGGAGAAAAUUCAUUGUCCAGCACAACUGGAAGCACACGACAAAGCACACCCAACGCAACAGGAGGUAGAUUGCCGUCGGAAUCUCUACAUGAAAAAGGGAAAACAACAGUCCAUGGUAGGGCAAAUUUAUUAACAAAGGAAAAGGUCACCAUGAAGAGCGUAUUUUAUAAGUUUUCUUCUGUAAUAGAAAAGAGUCUUAAUGUAAAGCAUUCAACAAUAUCAGUCAAGUUUGAAAGAAAUGGCGAGAAUGCGAUCUGCAUACUGCAAGGAACGCCGGAUGAUGUCAAAAAUGCUAAAAUAACCCUUCAAGAUAUGGAAAAAACGCUUUAUGAGAAAAAGGUGAUUUUUUCUACAAAUACAAGCGACGCCAUUAGAGACUUUUCCAUCGAAGAUAUCAUCAGUGAUCUGUUGAAAGAUCAAUAUCCGACAUGUGUCGCACAACAGCUAACAAAUGAAGUUUUUCUGUAUGGAUUUGAUAAAGAAGUCGUAGAAAAUGCGAAAAUGUUUCUUAGUAAAUCGAUAAAAGAGACCAACGUCCUGCUUCGUGGUUGUCUCAGAGAGAACAAAAAUCACGUUAUAGAACAUUUUAAGAACAAAUAUAAAAAUAGAAUUGUGGUAUAUGUAGAUAACGCGUGUCGGUUGCAUAUGGUAGGCCAGACGAAGGUAGUUAAGGAAGCAAGCACUGAGUGCGUAGACAUUAAUGAGGGAACAAAGUCACUUUCAACGGAGGGUAUAUUUUCAAACUUGCAGCAAGAAGUAACAAGCGGAUUCGGGCCAGAGAAGCUGAAGCCGUUGUCAACUAGUUAUAAAGAGACUGUUUGUCCACAGGAUGUAACUAACACUACAACUACAAGUGAACCUCAAGAAAAAGUUUUGCGUAAUUCUGAAAACCUGCGCCAAAUGAGGACUUCCGUUAUUACUGAUAGGCUCGACAUUUCGAGUCCUUAUUCAGUGGAAUAUUUCACAAUGCACCAAACCGAGAGCGAAGUAGAUUUUUGUAUGAAAAAGUUUGGCGUUUUUCUUGAAAAGAAGCUUGUUUUUACCCGUGGAAAACUGAAAGUGAUAAACGAACUUCACAACGACAAUAGCUUAUGGUCAUCCUCCGAAGGAAAACGUUUAGUUGUCGAGCAUUUUAGCUUUGAAAGUUUGAGAGCAGACGUUAAGUUUUUGCCAUCAAGAAUUGACCCUAAUAAAGGUGGAAGGUUUACAGCUAAAGAAAAUAUUAUCGAAAUGGCUGUUCCAUACAUGGUCAACGGAGGGCAAGUGGAUUAUAAAGAAUUGGAAACAAUUUUGAGUAAAGCUUUGGAGAAAGUUUCUGCUAGACGCAGUAUAUCUUCAGUUGCAUUUCGUAUAUGGCCUGUCGCAAACUGGGAUUUUGAUAACCUGAUGAAAUGCAUGGUGGACUUUUUUGUAAACUGGCUACUGACACGCUCACAUAACAAGCCAAUUUCGGUAUUGCUGUGCACCGAAGAACAUAAAGAUUUCAUAUGUACAGACGAAUACAUUUGCAAUUGUUUACGCACCAAACUUGAAGCAACAGAGUUAAAACUACCAACAGUCCGUAUUGUGAAAGGUUCCCUGGACAAGGCUGUUGCUGAUGUUAUAGUGAAUACAACAGCUUGUAGUUUGGAUCUUUCUCAUGGCAAAGUAUCUUCCGUCCUUCUCAAGGCAGCUGGUCAGGAACUUCAGAACGAAUGUAAACAACAUCAUCCGACUGGCAUAAGAUAUGAUGAAAUAGCCGUAACAGAUGGCUACAAACUUAAUUGCAAAAAUGUAUUUCAUAUCACUCUUCAGACACAAGAUAGAUCGGCUGCAGGUUUGAUACAGAGUAUACGCAAUACCAUGUUGCGAUGCUUGAAGGUUGCAUCUGACUAUGGUUACACGUCCAUAGCCUUUCCUGCCAUGGGAACUGGCUCUUUGGGUUACCCUCCUAAAGAAGUUGCUUCUGAAAUGAUAAUGGCUGUUGAGAGGUUUACACUUGAAUAUUCAAAACCGACUUCAAUCAAAGAAGUACAGCUUGUGAUUUUUCGGUCAGACACAACUCUGUUUCAGACAUUUCAGGAAAUGGAGAAGAAAUUAGUGAAACAAACAGUUCCAGUACAAUCUGAGUUCGACGUUGUGAUCCAAUAUAGUAUUUCUGGAUCGAGGCAGAAUGUUAAGGACUGUAAAACCUGGCUGACGUCUAAAUAUAAAACCAUUGUGAAAGAUAGGGCUUCAGUUUUUACCGAGAGCACUGAUACAGCGUCUGAGAGAUCCGACACAGAGAGAAAUUGUUCAUGGUCAAAACAUGCCAUGAACGAGCAAUCAUACCAGUGUGGAAUAAUUUCCGUAACAGUGUAUGAGGCAAACGUUUUAGAUGUUCCUGUUGACUGCAUUGUUAAUGCUGCCAAUGGCGACCUUCAGCACAGUGCUGGCGUAGCAAAAGAUAUUGCCGAAGCAGCAGGAUGGUCUUUUACGCAAGAAUGUACAUCAAUAAUAAAAGAAAAAGGACGUCUUCCUGUUACAUCUGUGGUGAGGACGAGUCCUGGGAAUCUUAGCCGUUAUAAAUGUGUACUACAUGUAAUUGGUCCACAUUUUACCGACUACACCCCAAUCACGAAAUCAAAUCUAGACAAAUGUGAACAUGAUCUACAUGAAACUAUCCGCACUUGUUUGAUUAAGGCAUCUGACAUGAAAGUUAAAAGCAUCGCGUUACCUAUGAUAAGCUCAGGUCUUUUCUGUGUCCCAAAAGAAAUAUGUGCAAUUCAGUAUGCAAAAGCAGUGAAGGAAUUUAGUUCUACCAGAUCUUCACUUCGGGAAAUUCACUUUGUCGAUAAAAGCCGUGACAUGAUUGACAUUGUGCGCACAACGUUUGAUGCUAUGAUGACGCACGGAAAACCCGCACCAUUUGAUACAUCCAAGUUUAUCGAACAGACGGGAACUGCUGGUGCGGAUGGAAGCGGUAGAGUGGAAACAUUUAAGAAUACUGCUACGGAUCGUCAAAAGUCGGUCACCAAAGCUGCAAACAUCAACCCUGAUAGAGUACUUAAAGUAAAUGCCUCCUUCAAAUCCAACAGCAUGAAGCUUACAUGCAAGUUAGAAGCAAAUACCAAACUUGAAGUUCAAGUUUACGAAAGUGAUAUAGUAAAUCUGAAAGACAUAAAUGCGGUAGUAUGCAGUGAGAAUAGAGCGGGAAACGCUAAAGGGAUAGUAGCGAGAUUAUUGUUGGAAAAGGGAGGCGAUGAAUACAAGCAGGAGAAAGCCUCCAGGUUUAAAUGUCAGCCGACCUUUGGUGAAAUCAUCACUACUCCUGGAGGACGGAACAGUUAUACUUGGAUUAUGCAUGCAAUAAUUUCACGGAAAGAUCCAAACGCAAUCCCCUUGAUGUAUAGAAAAAUAUUCCAGGAAGUACAAUCACACGGAUUUACAUCUGUUGCCAUACCCUUGCUCGGAACAGGUGUUGGCGAUGUAGACCCAAGAAGCUGUUCGGAAAUGCUUUUUGGUGAAUUAAUACAGUUUUGUCAAACCAAAGGAAGAGAUGCGUUUACGCUACACAUCGCAGUCAACGAAAAACAAACCGCUAAUAUCGUCAAAAAAGUAUUUAAAAGAAGUAUAAAUGAGGUCAAAACGAAACCAAAGGCAUAUCAUGAUACGGAACAAAGGGAUUCCCAGCAUUCCGAGGGGAAGACUGCACCAACUGAUAAAGGAACUGCUGAAUUACAUGAAAAACUAAAUUUUAUCCAGCAGGUGGAAGCGAACAGUGACUGUGUGAUAUGCAUGGACACACUUACAGAUGCGAAGACACUGAAAUGUGGACAUAUGUUUUGUGCAGAAUGCAUAGAAGGAUAUUUCCGAGUAAAGAAGGUAUGCCCGACAUGUGGGAAAGUUUGCGGCACAAUUACAGGGGACCAGCCAGACGGAAUAAUGAUAGUUGGUAAACAGCUAUCGAGUGUCGCAGGAUUCGAAAAAUACAAAAGCAUCGCCAUCACUUACUGCUUCAGUGACGGAAGACAAGGGAGUGUCCACCCUCGGCCAGGAGCGCCUUACAGGGGUAUAAGACGUAGUGCAUAUUUACCUGAUAACAAAAAAGGCAGGCGGAUAUGUGCAAUGUUGAAGAUAGCUUUUACGCGGCGGUUGGUUUUCACGAUUGGAACUUCAAGGACUACCGGCAAGGAAUGUGUGAUAACUUGGAAUGACAUACACCACAAAACAGACAUGAGACCAGAUACACAGUUCGGUUAUCCUGACGAGACAUACCUUCAGAGAGUACGUGAGGAACUAGAAGCCAAAGGUGUUACUCUGCAAGAUGUCGAGACGGAAUUAAUCGAAGAAUUAAAAGAUGAUAAUUUCAAGAAAACCUUUACGACAGACAAGAAAUUAGGAAUGAAUACCGCGGACAAGGGUAAAAAGCUUCUCCGGACGCAACAUCGUGGUAACUAUAGCAUACAUGAUCAGUCACGUGGGCCAGCUUUGCAGUCAGAAAGUUUCACUUCGCAGUGUACAGUUGAGAUUACAGGAAACAGUGAUGCGGCAGGAGUUUCAUGGCAAGAACAAAAUGGUCAGUCUAUUAAACAACAAAGGUGUGCAGUUCUAAACGACCAAACCCCAAACGAAGAUACUGGGAAAAUAUCGAAAAUGGAAGUACAAUGUGAAGCUCGCGAGGACGAUAUUUGUCAGUUGAGAAGUAACAGAAGUGAAACACAGUUGCAGAUAGAAGUAAAUUUCAACAUCGGCAACAGGAAAAACUUUAAAACCAGACCGAAUUUAGAAUGCAGUCUACACGAAUAUAUGGUAUGGAAGUAUAUGAUGAAUUCACCAAGGCAAUGUGACAACUGUGGAAAACACUUUUCGUCUGCAAAUAUUACAUUUGAAUCAGACUCUUCAGUUACUAUAAAAUCUCCUGUUACCAAUAAGGAACACGUAAGGCAGAUCAUAAAAAUGAUCUUCGAAUAUGCUGUUCACAAUCUUAGCCCAGUACUGUGUGUAGCAUCAGUUGAAUGUAAAACGAGAGGUUUCAUAAAAGAAGCAGAGAAAUUAAAUGAAUCGUUCGGUCAGGAAAUUGCUUAUGCAGAAGUAAUUAAAGAUCGCAUUUAUGUUGUUUUUCCAACUAGUCAAAAGGACAUUGUGAAGCAGUUUAUUGAAGGCUGUAAAAAUGAGAUAGGAGAAGUGUUGAUAUCAAGACAGUUAACACUUAAAAAUGUGUUACUUCAAAUCCCGUCAAUAAAACGGGCUUACCUGGACAGUGGCAUUGUUCGGUGUAGACCUGGGGAUCAAGAAAAUGAAUCUGUGUGCAUAAUUAAAGGCACAGAAAGUGUUGUAAAAACGGUUUUUAGUGAGCUCCAAUCAGAUAUGGCACGUUUGAAAACGCAUGAUGUGAGUUUCUGUGCCAUGAUAAGCAAUGCUCUAGAACAUUUGCAUGUUGAAGACAUUGUCAAUAAGCGUCUAGAGGAAUUGUUUCCAAACUGUGUUCUAGAGCAAAUAAAUAAAUGCCUACGUUUAUUCAGUAUCAAUGAAAAGGAGUUAUUAAAUGCUGUUUCGUAUGUUGGCAACCUGAUCAUAGAAUGGGAACAACAAAUACAGGGAGAUAAAUCUAAGAAACAUGCGAUUGUGAAUCAUUUGAAGGAAAAUUAUGCCGAUCAAAUGUUGGUAGGCUUUGAUGAUAAAAAGAGCUGGUUAUAUGUAGUAGGUCUAAAAGAUGCUGUAGAAAAUGCGCAAAUCGAGAUUUUGGGCAUUCAAGAAGGGCAAGUCAUUGUAGAUAUGGCAGUCGGUGAUAUCGAAGCGCAACCUGAAGUCAAAGACAGUUACCCAGUGCGUUCAAGUUUGCAUUUAAGAUACUUGGAAAACUCCGAGUACGUACGAAAAGGAACUGAAACUUUAAAUGUGAAGAUAAAGUUCCCACAGAAGGGUUAUUCAGUAGAAGUUCAUGGUUCGGAAAACAAUGUAAAUAAAGCCAUUCAAUUCAUUGAAAAAGUUGAAAAAGCUGUUAAAAGCGAAGAGAUCUGGUUUACAGGGAAUAAAUCAGUUCAGCUAUUAUUGUAUUCUGAUUCAAGUCUUCAAUUUCCUCAGAUAGAGAAGGAUUUUAAUGUUUUAAUCGAGAAGCAAAACAUUCAAAUAGUUGGUAACAAAGAAACACAAGUUUUCAAAGAAGUGCAUGACGAUCACACCCAAUGGUCAGUCUCUGAGAAGAAGAAAAUGAUUAAGUUAGAGACUUUAAGCCUGGAAAAAGUGAGUGCAUUUGUCAAGAUAAAACCUGCAACACGAAGUCAAAAUCAAGAGAACAUAUUAAAAGGAGGAUACAUUGUGGAGAUGGCCAUACCUCCAUGGAAGGAUGGAAAUCACUCGGAGAACGAGGAAUUGGCUAACAUCCUGUCGAAAGUUAUGAAUGAGGCGAGUUGUAGCAGGGAGCACAUAUCGACUGUUGCAUUUUUACUAACAUCGGUCUCAGACUGGACCUUUGACAGAUUCAUGAAAUGCGUGGUAAACUUCAUCAUGAAAUGGCUUCUUACAUGCCCAAAUGAAUUGCCUCACACGGUAAAACUGUGCACAGAAGAUUCGAGGUAUUUUUCAAACACGGAAGUAUACAUUGAUCAGUGUGCUGCUUUCCACAUUCAAGUGUCACAACAGAUACGGGAUCUACAGACUACUGUUUGUAAGGGUCAGUUAGAUCAAAUAGAGGCAGAUGUGUUAGUGAAUACAGCAGCACCGAAUUUAGAUCUUACCAAGGGUUUUGUGUCAGCCUCUCUGUCAAGAACAGCUGGUCCGGACCUCCAAAAAGAAUGCCAAAGUAAAUAUCCGAGAGGUAUCAGAGCCGACGAAGUGGCAGAAACUAGUGGUUACAAUACACGAUGCAAGAAUAUAUUCCAUGUUGCAUUACCACCGUAUUCCAUCCAUGCGCCUACGAGCUGCAUUGAGUGUUUUCAGAAAGUUAUGAUGAAUUGCUUGGAGAGAGCUGUCGUCUUAAAGCAUACUUCAAUAGCUUUUCCGGUUAUGGGAACAGGAUCUUUGGGUUACCCAGUAGAAGUUGUUGCAUCAGAAAUGUUUUCAAGUAUUGAGAAAUUCAAAGAGAAGAACCCUCAUUCGACCCUAGAAACAGCAUUUUUUGUUAUUUAUGACAAAGAUGAUGACCUGUUUGAGUAUUUUAAGAAGAUCCAAAACGAAAUUUCGACGUCAGCGGUCUUACCGUCCUCGAAACACAGUAGGAAAUCAGCAGUACGAAUAACAGUAACUGGCACGAAGACAGAUAUAGAAAACGCAAAAACUCACUUGAAGAAAACGUUGAAAGACAUGAGUGCACCUGACAUUGCCUCCAGGAGUAUAACUGACGUUUCAAGUAUGGAAUUUGGAGCUGUCAAAGAAUUGUAUGAUAUGGAAUUAAAUGCUCUUCGCGACAGCGGUGUAGACAUUGAUUACAAACAAAGCCGAAAUGAGCUUUCAGUAAGAGGUCUAAGACAUUUGGUUUCCUCAACCAUAGAAACAUUGAAUGAAUAUAUUGAGGAAAUUAAGAGAAUGCAGACAUGUGAGAUAUCCGUAAGACAUGUUUCUGUCACAUCUGUUCAAGAAAUUCUACAUGAUAAGCGCUAUGGUCGGAAAGGCGUAUGUUAUAUUCAUAACCAGGAUUCUAGAAAUAUAAAAGUUUUUGCCAAAUCAGAAGAGAUACUUUGUGAUGUUAAGAGAGAAUUUGAGAUGGAAUUUGACGAUGCUAACGAUGCAGGUCAGUCAACAUGUAAAAAGGCUGUGCCAUUGACACAUGAACAAGAAAUUGAUACGUCAGAAACAGUGGAAAAUUUGGGCGCAAGGUCGCUGCCUUUAAAAAUGACUGUUUGUAGGUCAUUUUCAUGGUCGAAAGACUCGAAACAUUUGCGUGUGUAUAAGUAUAGAAAUAUUGUAGUGAAAGUAUAUGAAGCUAACAUUCUCGACGUUCCUGUGGACGGCAUAGUCAACGCUGCUAACGAGGACCUGCAACAUUGUGGAGGUGUCGCAAAUGCUAUUGCUAAAGCUGCUGGUAUUGGGUUGAAGCAAGAAUGUGAAUCUUUGAUUCGUAAUAACAAAGGUUCCCUCGACGUAGCAUCUGUCGUAUGUACACGUGCUGGAUCUCUCAGUUUUAAGUGUAUUUUGCACGCAGUUGGUCCACGGUGGUCUGAUUACAUGCCUAUUACAAAGAAUAGCUUAGAUCACUGCGAACUCGACUUAAAGAAAACAGUUGUUAGAUGUUUUAAAAUGGCCGAGAACAAAGGAUUGGAAACAGUUGCUUUACCAACCAUAAGUUCUGGACUUUUUAAAGUCCCAAAAGAUGUUUGUGCUAUACAAUAUGCCAAGGCCGUGAUGAAAUUUAAAGGAUAUAAACAAUUGAAAGAAGUCCACUUUGUAGACCUGGAUCCAGCAAUGAUUGACAUUAUACACAAAACAUUCGAUGCAAUGAUAACGAAGAGAGAAAAACCACCGUUUGAUGUUAAUAUCUAUUUGAAGCAGGGCAAACGGGCAAACACAUCCGAAAAUCGUACACACCAUAAAAGUGGAAGCGACGCUAAACAUUAUCGACCAAAACAUCUUAGUGGAAAAGCAACAGAGAAAAGAACUGAUUUAGAUGCAUCGUAUAAAUCAGACGGUACGAAACUGACAUGCUUAUUUGAAUCAAAGCCUGUAGCAGAUGUAUAUGAAGGCAAUUUAUUGAAACUGAACGGUAUAGAGGGUGUUGUCUGCAGCGAAGACGGGACUGGGCAGGCCAAAGGAAUGAUAGCCAAACUGUUGUUACAGAAAGGAGGUCAGGAAUACAGAAAUAUAAAGAGUUUGCAAUUUACUUCCUGGCGAAGGGAUGGAGAGGUGAUUAUUACUCCGGCUGGAGAUAAUUUAUUCAAAUGGAUCUUUCAUGCUAUCGUUCCUCGAAAUAUUACAGAAGGAAUGUCGCCGAUAUAUAGGAAUAUACUGAAAGCAGCAAAGGAUAGGGAAAUUGUAUCUCUUGCGCUGCCACUACUCGGCACAGGUAGCGGGAACAUGGAUGAGAAAAGGAGUACAGAGGAACUGUUUAACGAACUGAUCCAAUUCCACCGACAAAAUAAACACAGCUUGCUCAAAGUGCAUGUUGUACUGAGGGAUAAAACAGUUGCAACGGUGGUGCAAGACGUGUUAAAAAGUUGUGUAAAUGAUAUUAGUCCGCAAGAGAAAAACGAUCCAGAAACAAACAGACUGCAGCAUGAUGUCGAUGAUAUGUUAGAAGCUGAUGACGAGAAUGUGACUGCUGCAGAUAGUAAUCCGGCAGCAGACGAAGACUGUGUUAUUUGUAUGGACACAAUAGACGACGCGGAGAUACUAAAGUGUGGUCAUAAAUUCUGCAAAGAAUGUAUUGAAGGAUAUUUUAAGGUAAAACAAGUAUGUCCGACAUGCGGUCAAAUUUGUGGUAUAAUCACUGGUGAUCAGCCUGACGGAACAAUGCAGAUUGCCAAAAGUAAAAUACAUCUUUCCGGAUACGAAGGACACAAUAGCAUUUCAGUUGCGUACAAUUUUCAAAGUGGUAAACAGGGGGAACUUCACCCUCGGCCUGGAACACCUUACAAGAGUAUAACUCGUACAGCGUUUUUACCUGACAACAGAGAAGGCAGAGAAAUAUGUGCUAUGCUGAAGACGGCGUUUGAGCGACGUCUUGUGUUCACAAUUGGAACGUCCAGAACAACUGGGGAAGAGGGAGUCAUCACAUGGAAUGAUAUACACCAUAAAACAGAUAUGAGACCAAAUACUCAGUUUGGCUAUCCUGAUCAAACCUACCUACAACGUGUGCGAGAGGAGUUAGGGGUAAAAGGUGUUACUUUAGAAGACAUUGACAGAAAAUUCCUUAGGAAUCUGGAACAACAUGAUUUCAAGCACACCGUUCAUUAAAUUCGCUUAUGUCGUUUUUAUAUUCGAGCUAUCUGGAAAUUCUACGAUUGCAAUGUUGUAGUGUAAAAUGUAAGGAAAGGUUGAAAAUAACGAAAUAGGAAAAGUGGAAACUCUCGUCUGUGUAGUUACAAAAACUUGAAUAUAGACUAUUGCGUGAUGAAAAUAAGUGAAUGAUAUAAUUGUAUUGAAAUGGUUAUACAACGAUUAAGACACAAUCAACAAAUCGAUUAUUUCUUCCAGUGGUGCUCUUUUCCAAUGCAUUUCUUUUGUAAAGCAAUUCGUAUUUAAAUGGUGACAUUUAUAACACACACACAUAAGUAAUACAUUUUAUAGCGGAAAUAUUUUAACAUUGCAGUUAUGUUUAUGUUAGAAAUAGAGAUUUUUCUAUUUUUCAUCUGAGACGUUAUAGUAGAGACAGAGCGCUUUAGAUGAUUUACAAAAUUGUAUUUUCUUAGUAACAAUUGAUAGUUUCACGUUAUCCCUUAAUAGAAAAGUUACCGUUCAAAUAGCCAUGAUUUUUUGUGUCCGCUUAAAUGUAAGCUGUGCUUAUUUUAGCUUAUUCUGCUAUAGGAGGCAAGGUUAACAAAGCAUUUAAUAUCAGCAUUUACAGUUUUAAUAGAUAUUUUCUUUAUACUUUAAAUUACGUAUGUAUGUCAAUGGUUAUAUGUUAGAAUAACCCAUCCUAGUUGAUUUACAUUCGAAAAUGUUACGAAAAAAUAUAACCUAUAACAGAGAAAAGGGCUCAAAAUGUAACAAAACCUAUUAUAUUCAUAUGUUUAGGACAAUAAUUGGGAACGCCCGUUUAAAGUAUAUGAGAACAGUUCCUUUCUAUAUUUUUAGCAACGGUUAAUAGAUAUCUUUGUAGUAACUUAAGAAAGGCGUGUUUUAUUUUUAGACUGAAAUUGUGAGAAACGGACAAGAUAGGAAAGAAACAAGUUAAAUAUGUUAACUUAUGAUAUUGAGGAUGAAUUUCACUUCUACUGAUUUGUAAAAGGUAUAGCAAUGAUAGAAAACGAUAUGUUGACAGUUAUUAUUCUGAAUGAAACUCGUUAAUCUGGUUUUCACUAAUGUUCAAGCCUUAAACGAACAAACAUGUUUUUCAAAUGGGUGCUUAAAAUUAACAGUAGUUUGUUCAGUUAGUUCUUGACAUAUAAACCAUAACAGUUUUCCCGCUGGUUUUAAUCAAUCAUAUGUAGCCUCAUGUAUUAGUGAGACACAAUGCGGAGUCUAUAAAUCAUUUACAUUUAGACUAUGAAAAAUGUCAACGUUUGUUUUUGAGACUGUACAUAUUCUCUGUGUGUAUAAGCUAAACGUCAAGUUAUGCCAAACCCCGCCUAAUAAAGUUGUAUUAUAUUUUUUAUUUCAUCUUUAUAUACGCGCAAGGACUUGGAAAACGCCCCAUCUAUGGAUUUGGAAAAAUUUUAUCGAAAAUUUUCGUUAUGCAUAUAUUGAUGAAAUAUGUAUAAUAAUUACGGGUAUUAAGGAGGUAAUUUGUCUGUACUAAACAAAGCGUGACUACCGCUAAUGAAGCUCAUAUCGUUUUGUUCAAGGAUAAAUUUAUUUUUACGUUGCAACACGCCAACGUAGAUGACGUUGACGUAAUUUAAAACGUUUCAUGUUGUGAUGACAAACACGGAACCAUACAGCCGCAUCCUUUACAGUAUAAUUUCGGUGAGACUACUUUACUGAAGUGACUAGUUGGUGUCUGAUAUUUUCGCUUUGUAGCGUUCAAUAAAAGAGUUUGAGAGACGCCUACUCCCGAGAAGAAUGAAAGUCAAUACUGAUUUCAAAGAAUAGAUCUUUGAUUUAACAAAAGUCGGGAAUUCUAUGAAUAAGUUUAUAGUCGACUCCAACAUGUAACAACACUUAAUUGUUAUUAACGCGCGCUGUGAAAUUUAUAGCUUGAAAUAUAGAACGAGAUAUACGUACACAUGCGACAACGUUCACGCUUCAAGUAUCACAAGAGAAACCACUACAUCAGAUCAGAUUUAAUAAUUAUAAAAUACUUUCAUGUUGCAAGAAUUAGAUGAUCACCAUUUAUGGAUGUAACGUUUUUUAAGUCCUCGAGUGUUCCCAUAUUUUAUGUAUAUUUGAUAUACAUGUAGCAUUCUAAUUCCGUAAGAUUAUUGCCAGUUCUGUUGUGUUUUUUUUUUUUUUUUUUUUUUUUGCAUAUAUCAAAGGUCACACUUUGACGGCAAAAGGUAUACAGGAUCUGUUUCAAAUUUUGGACACUUUGACACUGUGUCGCGUGCAAGACAAAUGUCAGUAUUACAAGAUUACGUCUGGAGGACACGGUUUUAUUGCGUCUAUAUACAAUAAUAUACCAAUACCUUGUUGUCGUACACAAUUAUACAAAGUUUCAUUUACUCCAUCUGUGAUUCGUGAACGAACGCCUUCCUUAGCAAUAUUUCAGAAACGCUUAAAUAGCGACGCAUCUAAAUCACCCCCGCAUUACCUAUCAGGAAGUAGGAUUGGUCGAAUACUACAUACUUGUCUCCGUCUUGGCUGUAGUUCCCUAAAUUAUGACAUUUUUCGUAAAUCAAUUUCAAAUAUUCCUUAUUGUACAUGUGUUGAUGUAGAAACAACAAAUCACUACCUUUUAUCAUGUCCGAUUUAUAAACAAGAAAGACAAUUACUCCUAAACGAAUUACUUUGUGCACCCACCAUUGAUAACUUACUGUUUGAUAAUGAACACCUAACUACGACUCAAAGUAUGUCUGUCUUCUCUAAAGAGCAACAAUACAUCGUUGACUCGAAGCGAUUCUCCACGUGACCGGCGCGCCGAUGCGCGGGUGACCAUUUGCGCGAACUGGCCAUAUGCAGCACAUUCUUGGUACUAAGCAGCUAGCAGUUCUCAAUUCAUUUCAAAAUUUUCAGUUUUAUCUAGCUAAAACUAAAACGGGUUUAAGGACACACACAGGGGACAAUUGACAUUUUUGGGCAUAUUUUGUUUUCAUUUCAUAUAAAUUCACCAUAAUUUCCUCUAUCAGAUGCAAAAAAAAUGGAUUUAAAAGUUCAAAUAAAACACCUUUAUUUGAUGAAUUUCCAAAAUUAGUAGUAGAUAUUGACAUGUGUUUACAAUAACACCUUUCUGGAAAGAACUGCCAGGCUGCUAAUUUGGUCACGGUAUUUCUAGACCAUCAGCUUAGCUUUUGAUUUUGUAAUCUCACUAAUUAUAAUGGGGGUCAUUCAAGGCUCUACAGGGAGCGUUAAUGGGAAUUAUAUUGCCUUGAUGUAAUCGAAUUUUAUACGGGUGAUUUUCAUCAGGUAAAUAUAACUGAUUUUGACUGUCUGUCUCGGUGGAGAGGGUUAAUUAUUACGAAUGUUCAAAUUGUGGACCUACGAUACAUGGAAUAGAAUAAUGAAGUAGUCUGAUUCGAUGGAAGGUCAUGCUUUCAUGAAGGUGGGCCAAAGGAUUUAAUGCUAAUUAAACAUUUUCUUCGUUUUCUCAGUACAGAAAUUCACAACUUUGUGUAGUGUUUGAUGUGAUUCAAUUCCUUUGAAGGAUAUUCUAUGAAAGUGCAUCACAUUUUAUUAAUAAAUUAACCCAUUCUUGAACUUUUAAUUCAUCGGGGAAGGAAACAGAUAACCAAAAAUAACUGACUUGUUUGUAACUCUUUUUGUCUUGCAAUUAAGGGAAAAUUUGUGAUACACUGUAGUUUAUGGGCCUUCAAUACUGCGUUCAAAUAUUUGGCUCAUUUGAAGUACUGAUGAUACAGGUGAAUGUGUUUGAAGAUAACAACAGACUGUUACAUAUUUUGAAUCAUAAAAUGUUAUUAGAAUAGUACCAUGUAUAGUUAAAACUUUCGUCUUCAUUUUGGUAAGCGACACAUUGUGUUAAUUUUUCAGAAAUAUGGAGAAAAUUCAUGUUAAAGCAGGUCACCCCUCGACCAUUAAGUGUGUCCUUAAACUAACAAAUAACUAGACACAAACCAUACUUUUGUUACACCCUAUAUUUAUAACAUGUUUUACUGUCAAGGAAAUGAAUUAGCAUAAAUUUUCGGUGAAAGUUUGUUUUCAGAUCUUUCACAUUAUUUUUGAUUGUAAAUUUUAUCGUAUACAUGUGUGUGAUUUAUGCACAUAAUAUGUUAAUAAAUACUGUUUAAAGCAAACUAAACUGUUGUGUCUUGUAACUG